AUGGGACCUAUCAAGCACAAAGCCCUCAUCAAUGUUGACCUAGGAGAAGGAUUUGGAAAUUGGACAAUCACUUCAGAUGAAGAUUUGCUUCCGUUCAUUGAUCAUGCAAAUAUUGCCUGUGGUUUCCAUGCCUCGUAUGUCUUUCUGUUUCCCUCCGUGCGACCGCCAGCAUCGCGAUGCCCUAUCGUGACCCCCCUCAUCAUGAUGGAAACCGUUCGCAGCUGCAAGGAACACGGCGUCAAAAUCGGAGCACACCCCGGCCUACCAGAUCUCCAGGGCUUCGGCCGUCGCGAAAUGAAACUUUCACAUGACGAACUCACCGCGAUCACGGUUUACCAAAUUGGCGCGCUCAAGGGGUUCCUGGACAGGGAGGAAGUCCCUCUUCAUCACGUUAAGCCCCAUGGAUCACUUUAUGGGAUGUGCUGCAGAGACUACGAGAUUUCCAAGGCCGUCUUCAAGGCCGUGCCUAAGGGUGUCAAAGUGUUCGGGCUUCCGGGAACUUGUAUGGAACAAGCGGCCAAGGAUUUAGGGCUCGAGUUUGUUGCGGAAUUUUAUGCGGAUGUUAAGUACAAUGCGGAUGCUUCUCUUUUGAUUGAGCGGAAAAAGAAGGCUUGGGAUCUUGCCGAAGUACGAAGACGCGUUUCACAGCAGAUGGAAACAUGCACUGCUGUUGCGAUUGACGGAUCAACCUGCGACUUGCCUGUUAAGGAUAACCCCAUCUCCAUUUGCUGUCAUUCUGACGUUCCCGGGUGUUUGGAGCUGGUCAAAGAAACAAGAGCCGUCGUCGAUAUUUUCAACAAGGCAUACUUUCCUGAGAAGUAG